AGGUCGUGCGCCCGUUUCCUCCCGCGCGUUGCCGUUGAUCGGGUCUAGCGAGCUGCAAGUCGCUGAGGCUGUGAAGGGAGAGUGAGCGAUCUUUCAGGUGUAUGUCUUGCUCUAUGAACUCCAGCGUGUGGAUUUUAAUAUUUGUCUGUGACGUAGUUAUAACUUGAACCAUGAAGUUGUUGCUAGUGGCGGCGCUGCUCGGCCUGGCGGUGCGGGUGAGUCCCCAGUGCAUUUCACAGUUCGACGACAUGAUCCCCCCGAACUUCGCCGACCUCAGCUACAUCCUGCCGUUCAGUCUGAGGUUGUUCAAGGAGCUCGUCCCCCACUCGGGCAACUUCCUCAUCUCGCCCUACAGUAUCUGGAACGCCCUCGUCAUGGCCUACUUGGGCACGAACGGCGAGACCAAGACGCAGAUGGAGAAGGUCCUGCAGCUGAGUAACAAGGUGGAGACGCUGGCCUUGUACAGGUCCCUCUCGCAACACAUUAAGCAUGAUUGCGGGUGCGAGAAGGGGGCGGAGCUAAAUGGUGUCACCGCCAAUGAGGACGAGCCAAAAAAGAUGCCAGAAAGGGCUAGAUGA